AUGACUCGAUCGUGUCUUUCAUCGAAUGCCCCUCUUGGUUGCGUGGCCCAUGUCGACUCGCCAACAGCCGCCCUGGCGGCAGCCUCCUCGCCUACUGGAGCUGAGCUCCCGCCGUUGAAAGUCUGGAACUCGUUGACCAAGUCCAAGACCCCCUUCGUGCCGAUCGACCCAGCUGGCAAGAAGGUUACUUGGUAUGCGUGCGGACCGACAGUGUAUGACGACUCGCAUUUGGGCCACGCCAGGAACUAUGUCAGCACUGAUAUUAUUCGGCGCAUUAUGCGCGACUACUUCAAGUUUGAUGUCAACUUCGUCAUGAACAUCACAGAUGUCGACGAUAAGAUCAUUCUACGCGCCAGACAGCAGCAUCUUUUCAACGAAUAUGUCGCCGCGAACCCAACAGUCACCCCUGAAGUUUUGGACACGACCAAAAAGGCCUAUUCAGCCUAUCUCAAAAAGAACUUGUCUCUGCUAAACCCCGAAUUGCCUGCGUCGGAAUACCAAAAAGAGGUGGAGAAGGCCUAUGCGGUGGUUCUGAGUGGCGGAGCUCUCCCCGGAAAUCAGAAGGCGGGCGACGACGAGGCCAAGGUCAAAAUGCACAUUAAGACCGUGGCAUCUGCGGCUACUUUCCUUAACAAAGCCGAAGCUGGUGCGGCUACGGAUCCUGCUGCCUUUGCCGAGUCAUUCUAUACCAAUGCGCAGGAUGUUCUUCUCCCUUACUUGGAUGCUCUGAAGGGUGCCUCGAUCAACGCGGAUGACCACAGCAUUUUCACCAAAUUAACCAAGAAGUAUGAAGAACGCUUUUUGAGGGAUAUGCGGGACCUAAACGUCAUCGACCCCGAUGAGUUGACGCGCGUGACCGAGUACGGCCCUGAGAUUGCCGAUUUCGUGGAGCGUAUUGUCAAGAACAACUUCGGCUAUGCGACCGCUGAUGGUUCGGUGUAUUUUGACAUUGACGCUUUCGAGGCUGCGGGACACCCCUAUGCGCGCCUGGAACCUUGGAGCCGAUCAGACAACAAGCUGGCCGCCGAAGGAGAGGGCGCCCUAACGAGCAAGACUGCUGAGAAACGCAGUGCAUCUGACUUUGCGCUUUGGAAAUCCUCCAAGCCCGGGGAGCCGAGCUGGCCUAGUGCUUGGGGUAGGGGUCGUCCGGGAUGGCACAUCGAGUGCUCGGCUAUGGCUUCAGCCCGUCUGGGCAAGCAGAUGGAUAUCCACUCUGGUGGCAUUGAUCUUGCCUUCCCUCACCACGAUAACGAGUUGGCCCAAAGUGAGGCUUACUGGGACCAUGAUUGCAAGAGCGAGCAAUGGGUCAACUAUUUCUUGCACAUGGGUCAUCUUUCCAUUCAAGGAUCGAAGAUGUCCAAAUCUCUAAAGAAUUUUACUACUAUCCGGGAAGCGCUGGAACGCAAAGAUUGGUCCGCAAGAAGUCUACGCAUUGUUUUCCUUCUGGGUGGCUGGAAGGAUGGCGUCGAAAUUUCCGACGACUUGGUGAACGCAGGUAAUUCGUGGGAAGAUAAAGUGAACAACUUUUUCAUCAAGGUCAGGGACCCUGCCGCUUUCCAGGGCUCCAGCACCGACGCCACUUUCGGUGCCGAUGUGGAGGCCGCCAAGGCUGAAGUGCACAAGCACUUUUGCGAUUCUUUCCACACCCCGGGAACCAUGCAGGCGAUCUCAGAACUCAUUGGCAAAUACAAUGCUGCCGACAAGGCCACCUUGAACCCGAAGGAUGUUGAGGCUGCUGCUCGCUUUAUCACCUCUAUCGUCAACAUCCUUGGCCUCAACGGAAGUGCGGCUGCUGACAGUGCCGAGAUUGGCUGGUCAGGCGUCGACGUACCCGAUGAGGCUAAGCCCUUCCUGCAGCCUCUUGCUUCAAUGCGUGAUGUCCUUCGGCAAGCAGCCCGCUCCAAGGAAGGUAUUUCGCCUCAGCAGGUCCAAGAUGCGGUCAACUACUCACCACCAUCGGACGUUUCGGAAGUGGCUAAGCCCUACGCGGACGUUCUGAGUAACUUCCGAGCCAGUGUUUCUUCUCUGCAGCCUUCGGGCUCGAUCAGCAGAGAGAUUCUCUCCCUGUGUGAUCGUGUGCGAGACAUUGACUUGUUUGAUCUGGGAAUCUAUCUCGAGGACCGAGAAAACCUGCCUGCCCUCCUUCGUCCUGUGACCCGGGAGAUGGUCCAGGCCCGGCAAGAGAAGGAGGCUCGCGCCCGUCAGAAGCAACUGGACAAGCAGAAGCGGGAACAAGAGGCUCUAAAGCAAUUGGAAAAGGGCAAACUGAGCCACUUGGAGAUGUUCCGGACCAACGAGUAUAGCGCGUGGGAUGAUGAUGGUCUCCCUACUCGCGAUGCUGCUGGUGAAGAGAUUGCUAAGAGCCGCUCGAAGAAGCUUCGUAAGGAUUGGGAGCGCCAGAAGAAGGCCCAUGAGGCAUGGCUCGCUGCUCAAGCCCAGUAG